AUCGGAAUCAUUCAUUCCUUGCGUUGUUCUAGCGGGUGUGGUAUUGUACUUGUAAAUAACAUACAAAAAGUAGUAAAUACAUAUUAACCAUACCUUUAUCCACAGCGUUUUGAAUUAAACAACAUGAAACAAUAUUAUAUUGUAGGAACUGUGUCAGUUAUACUUCUUUUAACUCUUGCAGAAGUAAUUGCAUUAGAGUGCUAUGUGUGUGAGAAUCAAGAAGACAACAAUGAAAAAUGUGUGAAGACCAUAAAGACUUGCGAGUACAAUCAAGAUGUUUGUCUGACUGAAAUCAAAUGGGGUAGCACGCCCUACUGGUCGCAAGGGGCUCAGAAACAGUACUAUGUAUCCAAGCGGUGUUCCAACAAGACUGAAUGUGCACUAACGAGACAGCGUAACAUGCCUUUGUGCACCCACAUCUGGUAUCAGGACUGGGUGUGCUCAGACUGUUGCCAAGGAGACCGUUGCAACUAUUAUAUUAUUAGUGGCAGCAUAACAGUGCAGUCUUCAGUGAGUUUGUUAAUAGGAUCAACAGUACUCUUAUCUUUAGUGUAUAGAGCAUAACAACACAAGUCACAAAUCUUAUAAUAGAAUGGUAUAACAAACAUGUCUUAUACAACAUACCUACAGAAAGUUGUUGAUGGCACUUUAUGUGAAGAAUUAAAAUCACAAGCAAACAUCCAUCCAUCCUUUAGAGCUAAAGUAUGCUCUGAUUAUUUUUAAGAUAUCUAAUAGGACCUUACAUAUCAGGUACCUUUUUGAUAAUGGGUUAUUUUCCUUGUAUCAAUUUUCUCUUUAUAUUAUUUUUGGAUUUGAUUUAAUGUAUACUAUUAUUUUUGUAGAGAAUAUUGUACUUAUAUUUUAUCUAGUGAACUUUAACAUUUGCUUGCUUAUCGUAAGAAUACUUAUGUUUAGGUGUAAAUAAUAACUGCUAUUGCACAUUACUAGAUUAUUCAUGAUUUUUUACGACACUUGGGUGGAACAUACACAUAAAUCUUGAUCAAGAUCUAUGAUCACUUUAUCAAGUUGUAUGAGCCACCUAAUCCAGAUAGUAGUCACCUUCCGUCCAAUUUUAUUAAAAAAUAUUUAGUCUUUAGAAUAGAAUAAUGAGUGGAUAAUCUAGAUAACAUACUGCCUUUGUUAGUGAUAAUUAUAUAAAAAUAUAAUUAUAAUCAUAACAUAAACAUAAACUGCCUAACUGCUGUAUGUUAUAAUUAUAAUCAUGACAUGAUAUUAUUUAUAUGCAUAUAAAUUGAUUUAUAUACAGAGUGUAAUUUUACAUAAACACAUUGACUUGUCAAUUGAGAAUCUACAUUAUUUUUCAUUAAAUUUUCAAUUUUCUAUA